CAUAACUACGAGUCAUGUGACAUGCUUUGGGGUAUCUCAAAGCGAAAUUUAGUGUUUUAGUAGAAACUUUCAAUAACGAUUGCAGCGGCCUGCGGCUCCAAGCCAACGAGAGUGUGUGACGUCACGCGAGGCCAAAGUUCUGGCUAGUCCACCAAGACAGACACUGGAAGCAGACUUCAACUCACCUUGUAGCAUCGCCGCUAGCCAGUGUCAGAGUGAUAGCCAGCAAUAUAUAGAGUCAGUGUAGAAAAUGGUUAACAAGUGUGCUUGUGGUGGUUGCUCAAACAGCCCUAUCACAGGGCACAGGGUUCACCAUUUCCCCACAGACCGAGGUAUUUUUAGAAAGUGGGUCCGGUUUAUUCAGACAAAACGGGCUGACUUCACCGGCUCGUCCGUAACAAAAAACACCGUCGUUUGCGAAAUUCAUUUCAAAGAAGACGAUUAUCGUCCUGAAGACCUCAGGAUGUAUUCCAUGGGGCUGAAGGACAAGGCAUUUGUCAGGCUGGCCGUGGAUGCAGUACCAUCUGUACAUCGACAAGGUGGUAGUUCAAGUGCCCCCCCAGGACGUGCUGUGAGCCGCAAGCGAGCGCUAGCUGAGCUGCUGACUGAUCUCGAGGAUGCUCGCGAUGACGAAGACGAGACCUGUUCCACCGGAUUCGGAACUCAAUGCGACCUGAAGAAACCUGGGAGAGCAUUUGCUGUACAGGUAGACACUAGGCCCAAGAUGGUCAGUGUGGGCACACAAACCCUCCCUAUGGUCACUCUCCCAACACCCCAAAGUCCUCAUCUGAUUGAGGAAGACCUGGAGUCCUGCAGUGAGGAAUCUUGGAUUCCAGAUGAAGAGGAAGAGGGAGGCACAUCUGAGGAAGAGGCACCAUAUGAGGCUCUACCGUCUUCUGAAAGUAGCACAGAAAAAUUCAUUGUGUGCAAGGAGGAGCUGAUGACCUUGUUCCGAACCUGCCCCGCCUGUUGUGAGCCGUGUUAUGGGACUAUUGUGCAGCAGGCAGGGACAUUUCUGCAAAUAAAGCAGGUCUGUGGGUGUGGCUUUCGGCGCUCAUGGCAAAACCAACCUAUGUUGUAUCGCAACAUGCCUGCCUGCAACCUUAUGCUGAGCGCUGCCAUACACUAUUCAGGUUGUUUGGCCACCCAAACAUUGAGGAUGCUACAGCUGUUUGGGCUGCAAGUGAUCACCCCCAGCACAUACUUUCGCCACCAAUUAAAAUACACCAUCCCAGUUGUCAUCCAGUUCUGGAGAGAAGAGCAGGAGAAGGUGCUGAGUGACCUCCGGGCCCUGGAUGGUGGCCUUAUUUUGGCGGGUGACUGCAGGUCUGAUUCACCAGGACACUGUGCGAAAUAUGGGUCCUACAGCCUUAUUGAGGAGCGACUGAACAAGGUGCUCGAUGUCCAGCUUGUCCAGAGUUCUGAGGUGCCUAACAGCAACUGGUGCGAGCUUGAGGGCCUGAAGCGCAGCAUCCAACUUCUUUCUGCCAGGGACCUGACCAUAGCAACACUGGUCACUGACAGGCAUCGGCAGGUUGCCAAAUGGGUGAGAGAAGAGCUUUGCCCCAAGGGAACAAAACAUUUCUUCGAUGUCUGGCACGUUGGGAAAAGUCUGGGGAAGGCAUUGGAUUCGGCUGCCAAAGACAGGAAGUGUGAGACGAUUAAGCUGUGGAGGCCGGCCAUCGUCAACCACUUGUACUGGACGGCAGCUUCCACCCCAGACGGCAACGGAGAUCUUAUGGAGGCGAAGUGGACCAGCCUUGUCAACCAUGUGCAAGACAUCCAUGAGCACGACACUCCAGCCUUCCCAACGUGUGCCCAUCCCCAUCUGGAGGGCGAACAUCGCGACAAAGAGUGGCUGGAGCCAGGUUCACCUGAAGCAAUAAAGCUCGAGAAUUUGGUUACCAAGCCGGGAUUUUUGAGGGAUGUGAGGCAGCUGUCUCCGAAACACCAAACCUACUCACUGGAGGCGUUCCACUCCCUUGUCAUUCAUUUCGCCCCAAAGCACACGGGAUUCUCUUUCCUCGCGAUGUACAGCAGACUUCUCUUGGCUGCUAUACACUUUAAUUACAAUGGCAACCGGGAGCAGGCACGAGGAAGUAAUGGUGAGGAGCUGUUCGCAGUACAGUAUCCGCGAUUCCGGAAAGGCGAAUGCGUUGUGCGGCCUAUCAAAGAGAAGGCGUCGUAUGACUAUGCAACUGCACUAAUGGAGUCCCUGCAGGCGAAAUACAGCGUGUCACCCAAGGGUCUGCGAGAGUUUAGUGCAGAAUUGCGCGGAACUGCACCUCUUCCCCUUGCCAAAACUUUCCCCAAAAUCCCAAAAGAGGAAGCUGUAGCCCUGUACCUUCAGCACAAGUCAAGAUUUAAUAAAUAGUUUCAAUUGAUUUCAAAUACCAGAUUUUAGUGAUGGUUGUCUAAUGUUUUUAAUCCAUUUUCAAUUGCUUUCACUGACAGACAUGGCCCACUGGUGUUUUGGUAAGAUCCAUUUAUUUCAGUUGUUAGAUGUGCCUUUCUUUCUGCCUCCUUUCUCUGACUUGGUGGUGGGAACCUAUAUCUGUUAAUUUUGCAUGCUGCCUGCUGCGCUUAGAGUUAACUAACUAACCCUGUUGUGCCUUUAAUUCAUCUUUUUGCCAUUCUCUCUCUGCCAUCACAAAUGUGUUCUACGAAUGGUUAUUUUGCAUGCUGCUUGCUGUGCAAUUAUUUAACUUGAGUCUUUUUGCCUUUCAAUGCCUGUUAAUUUUGCAUGCUGCUCGCUGCACCAAGGACUAUUUCUUU